CUCUGGAGUAGGUCACGAGGAUGAGUGAAACUAAAGGCAAACGCAGACGAGAGAUGGUUUCGGAUUCGUCACCGUUCGAUUCCUUGCCGGAGGAUUGCAUCUCCAAGAUAGUCUCCUUCACAAGUCCACGUGAUGCUUGCGUCGUUGCUACGGUUUCUAAAGCCUUUGAAUCUGCGGCGAAGUCAAAUUUUGUAUGGGAGAAGUUUCUUCCGCCAGAGUAUGAAUCUCUGGUUCCUCGAUCGCGGGAUUUCCGAUCCAAGAAGGAUCUCUACUUUGCUUUAUGCCACAAGCAUCUUCUUAUAGAGAAUGGUACAAAGAGCUUUUGGUUAGACAAAGUCAGUGGAAAGAAGUGUAUCAUGUUAUCUGCGAUGAACAUCUCAAUCAUGUGGGGAGAUACUCCACAGUAUUGGGAAUGGAUUACAGUUCCUGAAGCUAGAUUUAAAAGAGUUGCGAAGCUUCUUGAUUUAAAUUGGUUUGAGAUUCGAGGCAGGGUGAAUACUCGUGUCCUAUCUCCAAGAACUCGUUACUCGGCUUAUAUUGUUUUUAAGAAGAUAAAUCAAUGUAGCGGUUUUGAGGAAGUGCCCACAGAAGCUGGAGUUGGAGUGGUGGGGCGUGCAGCUUCCACAAGAUUCAUAAGCUUGGAUGCGCGAGUGGAUGGGCACUCUCUAAGAAGAAUGCGAAGGAGGCCAGUGGAGAGAAGAGAUGAAUGGAUGGAGAUAGAGCUUGGGGAAUUCUUCAGUGGAGGAGAUGUAAUGAAUAGUGAUGAGAUUGAGAUGAGUGCUUUAGAGACCAAUCUUCACCAUUGGAAGAGUGGCUUGGUCAUUCAAGGAAUUGAAAUCCGUCCUGCCAAAAACCAGUAAAAGUAAUGCCUAAGAACAGUUAUCUACUGUUAUCAUUGUCAGUUGUGUUUGUUAUAUAAUGAAAACAGCUUUUCUAAAGGUUGAAUCCUUGUUGGUCAGUAGCCUAUGAUAUGAGUCUGCAUUUUUGUCUUAGAAUUUGUGAAUGGAGCAGUGAUUAAUCACAUGAUAAAGAAGAAGAAAAAAAGAGUUCAGCAAAAG